AUGCUCUCCCGCUCUCUCUCCACCCACACCUCCCGGAUCAGCUUUCGCUCCUCCUUGACCCGGUUUUCCGCUAAGAAUAUCCAUACCGGUCUCCGCCCGACCGUGAACCGAAAUCUGGCGUCCAUAAACCAUCUCGUUCCCGCCAUUACUCCUACCUCGCGCCUCUCUUCCAUCACCCGACACCUUUCCUCUUCCACUCCUGUCCUCGAAAGCAAUUCUUCCACCAUGGCUCCUACCAAACAAUUGAAAGAGAAUGAAUAUGAGUAUAUUGUCCUAGGAGGUGGUAGCGGCGGCAGUGGUAGCGCCCGUCGUGCAGCUUUGUACAAGAAAAAGACCUUGAUCGUUGAGAGCGGUCGUUCCGGUGGUACCUGUGUCAACGUUGGUUGUGUCCCCAAAAAGAUGACCUGGAACGCUGGAACCGUCAACGAGACAAUUCACCUUGGCAAAUACUACGGAUACGAUAUUCCUGCUGGCACCAAGUUCAAUUACAAGUCCUUCAAGGAGGCCCGUGAUAAAGAGAUCCUGCGCUUGAACAAAGCCUACGAGGGUAACUGGAAAGCUGCAGGCAUUGACCUUGUCCACGGCCGAGCUCGUUUCGUUGAGAAAAUUGUCGAGAAAGAUGACGACGAAGAUGACGAGAUCGAGAAAUAUGUUAUCGAGGUUGCCAAAGCCGACGGCACCACUGCCCCUUACUAUGGAAGGAAAAUUCUGAUUGCAACCGGUGGGCGACCGAACAUCCCCAAUGUGCCCGGUGCCGAGCACGGUAUCACCAGCGACGGGUUCUUCGAGAUCGAAGAGCUCCCGCCUAAGAUUGCCGUCGUUGGUGCUGGUUACAUUGCUGUCGAGCUUGCCGGUGUUAUGAAUGCCAUGGAUGUCGAGACUCACAUGUUCAUCCGUGGUGAUAAGUUCCUGCGCAAGUUUGACCCUAUGAUCCAGGAUGUCAUGACUAAACGGUACGAGCUUGCUGGUGUUAACUUGCACCGCCAUCACUCAGGCUUCAAGAAUAUUGAGCUCAUCCGCGACGGAAAAGGUGCGGAUCGUUUGAUCAAGUUGACCAGCAACGAUGGUACCGUAUUGGAGGUCAAUGAGCUCCUGUGGGCUGUUGGUCGUAUCCCAGAGGUUGAGGACCUAAACCUUGACAAGACCGGGGUAACGGUCAGCUCUACUGGUCACAUUAUUGUCGACGAGUACCAGAACACCGACGAUGCGAUUGUCCACGCCCUUGGUGACGUGACUGGCCAGGCCGAGUUGACUCCUGUUGCUAUUGCCGCUGGUCGUCAGCUGAGUAACCGUAUCUUUGGCCCUGAUGAGCUCAAGACUUCUAAGCUCUCCUACGAGAACAUCCCCACUGUCGUUUUCUCUCACCCCGAAGUUGGCUCAAUUGGUCUCACCGAGCCCGAGGCUCGCCAGCAGUAUGGCGAUGAUAAGAUCAAGAUCUACACAACCCGGUUCACCAAUAUGUACUACAGUCUUAUGCCGCCGUCAGAGAAAGACAAGAAUCCUACAAAUAUGAAGAUCAUCUGUGCCGGUCCUCAAGAAAAGGUCGUCGGUCUGCACAUUCUGGGUCUUGGCGUCGGUGAGAUGCUGCAGGGCUUUGGUGUUGCUGUCAAGAUGGGCGCCACCAAGGCUGACUUUGAUAGCUGUGUUGCUAUUCACCCUACCAGCGCUGAGGAGCUGGUUACCAUGACCUAA